UCUCUCUGCUUCCGCUGCUUGUUUCGCAGCCGCAGCAAGCUCCACCACAGUGGAAAACACAAGAUUAUUAGGCAAAAAAUCGCCGAACGAGUCGGACGUGUGCGCUGCUGGAUGCUGGCGCUCUUUUCGCGUUCCGUUUUUUCGAGUAAACAAACACACAAAAAAUAUUGUUAAUACAAUUUUGUCUGUUCUAUUGUGCGGAAAUCGAGUGAGCGAGAGGGGAGGUGCACAGAAACCGCAAGCCAAAGCAACAAGCGUGUGGGAAGAGGAAAUCGAAAGGGGAAAUUGUGAGUGUGUGAGUGUGUGCGUGAAAUAUGGAAAUUGAAAAUGCAAUUAAUCGUGAAUUAAUGGCAAGCCAUAGAAAUCGCUCAAUGGCUUAAAGUGCAAGAGAAAAUUAAGCUUUUUGUUAUAGUUGUCAACGCGGAAGACAAAAACCGAAGUCUGUAGUGGAAAUUUUAAAUACGUGUAUUUAUUUUCGUUUUCGCAACAACAAUAAGCCAUCAAGCGAAGUGCUGAAAUAGUCAAUUUACAAUUGGAGCUGCCGAGAAGUCUAUAUAUAAAAUAUAAACAUUUUGGCGUAUUUUCUAGUGGAAAUGGAAGCAAGGAGCUGAAAUAUGUAAGAAUAGGAACAAAUUGUUGAAAAUUGCUAAAAAUAAAAAUGAGAAAACAAGCGAAAACAGAAACCCAAUAACUCAAGCUCAAAGGUGCUCAUAAAAACAAGCGAUUUUGGGGCCCAGUCGAACGUGGAAUUGACUUGACCCACAGAGGUGCACGAGCAGAAAGAGAUAGACACACCGCUGUAGAACGAGAGGCAGCGACAAACGAUGCGUGUGGCUGGGUGGCUCAGAGGUGGCUUAAUGCUCGCCCUGGCCGUAAUAGUAACGCAGGCACGUUUCAUUGCGAAAAGAGAAACCACCGGCUUGGAGCAGGCGAUGGCUUCCACUUCCAUUGACCCUGACAUGGUUAAGGCGCCCAGGGAAAGUGGGAGCGGCAGGGAACCGGUUGAAAUAAAUGCAGAAUCAGAUAUGUUCAGCUCACAAACCAAUAUUGAAGAUGAAAAAAACGCAGAAACGGUGGAUCCAACCGAAACCCAAACUGCUAGUCUGAAAGAGAAUCCCAGUGUUAAGGAAACGACGGUAGCCUUCGAGCAAAAUGAGUCCAGCACCACCACCGAAAAAAUGAUAAGUGAAGAGCAACUCAAGCUGAAGGAGUCGGAAACCACGGAAACCCAGUUAAAGGCAGCUCAAGUGGAUACGGCAACCACGUCUCAGUUGGACCAAACCAAUCUGAAAGUUAAGGAAUCUACAGAAGCUCCGUUAAAAGAAGAACCUCUUUUGAAAGAGAUUUUAAACACAACCACUGAACAUAUUUGGUUAACCGAGAAAGUCCACCAAAAAGAUGUAACAAACCCACCUUUAAGAGAGGCACAAGCUGAGAAGAAGGAUAAGAUCGCAGAAUCUGUGGCAUCCCAUAAUUCCACCCUCCCUUUAAAACCGGUCUCAGUCUCUUUUGAGGUGCCGAACACGACAGAGCGAGUGGUCAACACCACAACCACUCGUUCUUCCGAUCAUGGUCGAUCCAUGCAGUAUUCAUCCACUACUGAAGGGUUGAGCCGAUCCCCUGCUGCAGUUACACCCAUGAAAUUGAGGCCCCUACCCAUGACUUCCACACCGGCCAGCACCACUUCCACAUCGACCCCUGCGCCAACCACGCCAGUUUCCUUCGCUUCCCAUGAGAAUGUCAUCGAGGAGUCCACCUCAAAGUCAGAGGUGCGGCAAUUGCCUGAGAAGCGAGCCAAGUUUAUAAGUGAAAACUCCACAAAUGCCCAGCAACUUACACUACCCAACACAGCUGAGGUUUGGAGUCUGGCUGGAAUGAAGGCGGUACCAAAGGCACCACUAACUACCACAACGAUCGUGCCACUCCUCAAGCACACUGAUCUUGCAAAUGAUAUAGACAUGCAUCUCAAUAAAACGGAGCUGCACAAGGAGAAGAAUCUCCUGGAUUGGAUGAACAUUGCCAUGUUGCCAUUAACGCCCGAGAAUCGCACCGAAUUUGUGGUCAGAACCACUCUGGACGCCACCGAAGGAGCUACACAGGCUACUACUGAAGCUUUGGCAGAGGAAAGCCACCUCAAAAACGAUCUUACAGUAGGCUUGGAACAGGAUAGCGUCACAACAGCAAGGACAAUGGCUUCAACACCUGAUCCUGGGUCUAUGGACCUGAAUACGACGACUACAACGGUGCGUACGCAGCAAUUGGAAGUUCCCAUGGUCAAAAAGAUGGCCGACGUAGCCAAUGCCAAGUUGACAGAGGCGAUUACAGAGGCUCAAAGGGAAACAGAUGUGGGAACAGAGGCUGCAACAUCGGUUACAUUACCCGAGCAACUUGCAACAUCUGCCGUAACAGCGAGGGUUGAUUCACCAAGAACGGAACUGUUAAAUAUUACAGCAGCAGCAGCAGAGUCAGGUGAAAUCUCUAUGGCAAAUUCAACAGAUACGUUAUCAGCAAUGACAAGCACAACUACUACCACAGAAAGGCCAAUAUCUGUGGAACAAGUAACCGCUGAGCAAGACUUGGAAGUAGCAACAUCACAGGCCCCUACAACAGCCGCAACAUCAAGUGGAACCACGGAGGCAGCAGCAACAUCAUCGACAACUGCUGCAACUCUGGUUGUCUCAGAGGCAGCAACAGCAGCAGAAGCUUCAGCAACAACUGAGGCUACAACAGCUGCAACAUCGAGUGUGGCAGCCACCCCUAGCACUACCGAAGUGGCCAUGAAAGCGACUGAAAUCAGCAACAUCAGCGACGACCACGACGACGGCGAUAACAGUAACGACGUCAUCGUUGCCACAACCAAAUUUCCAGAGAGCGAGCAGGCAGCAACAACGACAACGGCAAGAGUGGAGCCAACACCGCCAUCGGUUAGUGUGCGAGUGGCUGGCGAGGUGAGCACUUCGAUUCGGCCAGAAAUCAUCGUUACCAGUACGCGGAACAGUACGAUCGCGGGUACAAGUACAUCGGCGACAAGUGUAGCAACACCCACGCAAACGGAAAUUGCGCAAAUUAGCAAUGAAGUGAAUUUGGAGGCAGUGACAGUGAAGACGCGCGACGGCUUUAGCAACACGAAUGAGUUAAGAACAGCUGAGAAAACCGAUAACGCGGUCAAUAACAGUGUGGCCAUAACAGAGAGCGAGUUGGGUGCAUUGGCAACAGCAGUGGAAACCACCACAACGACAGCCACCAGCCUGCUUAGUGACGUGAGCAAGCUGAGCGAGGAGCACGAGUCCUCGCUGGAGACCAACAACAUAGGCGAGGCGUCUCCUGAAUCGACGACGCCACCAGCAGCAGCAGAAGCAGAAGCACCAGCCACUGUUGCUGUUGCAACGGAUGAGAGCACAGCUGCGGCGGCAACAGGUGGCCAGGAAAUCGAGAGGGAGGGUCAACAUCAUGAGGGACAACAGGUGGUUGAUGAGCAGGACACAGAGCAGCAGUUAGCCAAGACAACGAUGCCGGUGACGACGACAACAACCAGUGCUGCAACCACUACAACCAGUACCACAACAACCACAACGGAAACGCCCUCAACCACAACAACAAUGCAGCCGGUGGAGAUAAGUCUGCUGGACGACAGCACCACCAGCACCACAACACCAGCACCAGCACCACCCACGCGGGUAUACUUCGAGUCCUCCACGGUGGCCAGCACCACCAGCAGCAGCACCACCAUGCUGCCGGAGACGACAACCGCGUCCACCCAGUCGCCAAGUCAAUUGCCACCCACAUUCAUGGCCCCCUAUCCCAACGAACUGGACCACAUGCAGACCAAUGCCCAGGGCAAUGGGACGGACGUGAAUGUAAUCAUAGCCAUCACGGUCAGCGUGAUUGGUGUGGUGGCCCUCGUCCUGCUGGUGGCAUUCCUCUACUUGAUGCGCAAGCGCCAGAAGCAGACGUCCUAUGGCCAAAGAUGUCGUCCUGUGAGCUUGGAUGCCUACUCCCUGGACAACGUUUCGGUGCUGGGCAGUGUGAGGCGGAAGGGUCGCGACGUGAGGGCCUCCAAGCGGACCUAUGGCAACGCCGCCUUCGAUGAUCCCUCGCUGCGGCACAAUCUCCUGACCGCCAGCGAGCUGGCCUGCUUCGCCGAGCGUCGCUCCGACGUCUUCGAGGAGUUCCGGGACGUGCCACAGAUCAUUGCCAGGGCGGACGAAGUGCCACCUGGUUGCGAAGACAAGAACCGCUACGCCAACGUGAUUCCGCUUCCUGAGACGCGGGUGGUGCUCCAGCGGCAAGGCGACGAUGACAAAACGGAAUACAUUAAUGCCAAUUAUGUGCGGGGUCCCCGAGAUGCCCCCAACUACUACAUAGCCUGCCAGGCGCCCCUGGAGAGCACGACCAGCGAUUUCUGGCGCAUGAUCUGGGAGCAGCAGUCGCGAGUGAUCAUCCAGGCGACGGAUCUCAGUGAGAAUGGCAUUGAGAGGUGCGCCGAGUACCUGCCACCGUCGGCGACUCUGGACAACCACAGCAGCUAUGGCGAUUACCAGGUGACCCUCAAGCACCGCGAGGUUAAGGAUCGGUAUGCCAUUUCCACCUUGGUUCUGAAGCGCGUGGAUGGCGAGGAAAGCCGUGAGCUCACCCACUACUGGUACAAAUGGCCGGAGGCGGGUGUUCCGGCCGAGGAGGCGCCCAUCAUCGCCAUGCUGUUGGAGGCGCGUUCCUCGCUGAAAUCCUACUGCCUGGAGCAGGCCAACGAGCUGCGGGAGAAGUCCGCGACCCUGGAGACGUCAAUGGAUGCGGACGGCAGCAAAGCCGAGGCGGGCAGCACGUCCAGCCACGAGAUAAAUGGCAACAUUUCAAGUCGGAGCGCAACUCGAAGUCAGCAGGGACCGCUAACCGUUCACUGUUCUCCAGGCACGGGACGAACCGGUACGAUUAUAGCGUCGGACAUGGCUAUCCGCAGUCUGGAAACCCCGAAGCGGUCCGUGGACAUCCCCCAACUGGUUUACUACGUGCGACGGGGACGUGCCAGCGCCGUGCAGACCAAGGAGCAGUAUGAAUUUAUCUACAAGGUGGCCAGCAUGUAUGCGGCCAAGAUCACAAAUCUGUCCAACGACAACUGAUGGCCGACCAAUCGAGUGGAAACCAAAUUUACGAUUGAAUUCGCUUUGAAUUCGGUCCCAGCACUGAUCCAUGGGACCCCCUGUAAUAAUAGUAGCUAUGUUUUAUACAAAAUAUUAGUGUAAAUUAGUAUUAUGCUUGAAUGUUGGCACCUAUUUAAGCGUCGUUGUAUGUCGGGCUUUAAAUAUCAUUUAAAAUGUAUGUAUUCCUUUAUUAUUGUGAUAUAAUCGUACAUUCGUAUAUCUCCUGAUAAUCUGUUGCAUAUUUAUAAUAUCAAUUUUUGUUUUUGCACUGUCCCGAGUUCCGGGGCCAUAUAAUCCGGAACAAUUGAUAAUUAUUUGGAGCUCUCCUUAUUUUAAGAAAGUCAAAUAUGUAAUCAACAAUGUGUGUAUCUAUUUUAAAUGAGCUUUAAUGUACGUAAGUUAUUUUUAAGUCUACACCAAGCUGAACUGUACUCAUACUAUUGUAAAUUACAAGAAGAAAAAUAUGUUCAGCA